AUGGCAAAACCUUGUCUGGUCUAUCUCUCUGCUGCAUUUCUUCUUCUAACAGUUGCCACUUCGUUGGCACCACCAUACUCAAAUUCUUCACUCUAUCAUACUUUCCUUCACUGCCUCACACAACACACAAAUUCCUCCACUCAACUCUCCAACAUAGUCUUCGCCCCAACCGACCCUUCCUUCCCGACUGUCCUACAAAACCACGUCCGAAAUGCGCGUUUCAACAACUCCCAAAUACGAAAGCCGUUACUCAUCGUCACUCCCCUCCAAGAAUCGCACGUCCAGGGUGCUGUAAUCUGCGCCAAAACCGCCAACGUUAUACUCAAAAUUAGGAGUGGAGGCCAUGAUUAUGAGGGUAUCUCCUACGUCUCCAAGGAACCAUUUAUCAUCCUCGACAUGUUCAACCUUCGCACAAUCACAGUGGACAUAACAAAUGACGUUGCCGUGGUACAAACUGGUGCCACGUUGGGAGAGAUUUAUUAUAGGAUUUGGGAGAAGAGUAAAGUUCAUGGCUUCCCCGCAGGGGUGUGUCCGACUGUUGGGGUUGGUGGCACUAUAAGUGCAGGAGGCUACGGUAAUAUGUUGAGAAAAUAUGGUCUAUCUGUUGACAAUGUUAUUGACGCUCAAAUUGUUGAUGUCAAAGGAAAUCUUCUGAACAGAAAAUCCAUGGGAGAGGAUCUGUUCUGGGGUAUUAGAGGAGGUGGGGGAGCCAGUUUUGGUGUCGUAUUAUCGUUUACUAUAAAGCUAGUUUCCGUGCCUGAAACGGUUACCGUUUUCCGCGUUGAGAAGACUUUGGAAACGAAUGUGACUGCCACUGACCUUGUGGUGCAGUGGCAGCAGGUGGCGCCAACAACUGAUGACAGGCUUUUCAUGAGGCUCUUAUUGGAACCAGUGACUUCCAAUGUUGUGAAGGGAGGACAAACCAUUAGAGCCUCGGUUCUGGCUUUGUUCCUCGGAGGGGCAGAUGAGGUUGUGUCGAUUUUGGAGAAGGAGUUUCCGCUUCUUGGAUUGAAGAAGGAGAAUUGUAUCGAGGUGAGUUGGAUUGAUUCUGUUCUGUGGUGGAAAGAUGGUCAGAGUUUGAAAAAUGGUGACAAACCCGAGACCCUAUUGGAUCGGAAUCUAAACUCUGCUGAUUUUCUCAAAAGAAAAUCUGACUAUGUUCAGAAAGCCAUUUCAAAAGAUGAGUUGGAGGGGAUAUUUAAGACCAUGAUUGAGUUGGGAAACAUUGGAUUUGCUUUCAACCCUUAUGGAGGGAAAAUGGGAGAGAUUCCUGCUGAUGCGACACCGUUUCCUCACCGUAAGGGGAACCUCUUCAAGGUUCAGUAUUUUGUGACCUGGCACGAUCCUUCACCUGAUGCAGCUCAGAAAUUCAUGAAUGAGGCCAGGAGGUUGUACAAUUACAUGACUCCUUUUGUGUCUAAGAAUCCCAGAAGUGCUUUUUUGGCUUAUAGAGACCUUGAUAUAGGGGUCAACAACUUUGGUAAUAAUAGCUUUGAAGAAGGGGAGGUUUAUGGGACCAAGUACUUCAAUGACAAUUUUGAUAGGCUCGUGAAUAUAAAGACCAAGGUGGAUCCCGACAACUUUUUCAGGAAUGAACAAAGCAUUCCAGUACGUCCGAGCAAAGCAUUCCAGGUGUGUCCCACUGUUGGUGUUGGUGGUCAUUUUUGUGGAGGAGGGUAUGGCAAUAUGAUGAGAAAAUAUGGGUUAUCUAUUGAUCACAGCAUUGAUGCUCAGAUUGUCGAUGUCAAAGAAGACUUUGGGCAAAAUGCCACUGAUCUUGUUGUCCAGUGGCAAAAGGUUGCACCGCACACGGAUGAAAGGCUUUUCAUGAGGCUGGAGUUGCAUCCUGUGAAUUCCAACGUUGGAGGUAAGCACGAAACUAUUAGAGCUGAGGUUGUGACUUUGUUUCUUGGAGGAGCAGAUGAGCUUGUGUCACUUUUGGAGAAGGAGUUUCCAAUUUUGGGUCUAAACAAAGAUAAUUGCAUUGAAAUGAGUUGGAUUGAGUCUGCACUUUGGUGGGCUAGUUUUCGAAAUGGUACCCACCCAAAUGCUCUACUUAACAGAAAACUCAACUCCGCAAAGUUCCUCAAAAGGUCUGAUUAUGUGAAGACUCCAAUUUCCCAAGAUGAGUUAGAAUGGAUAUGGAAAAGGAUGAUUUAG